ACUCUGAUCUCUCUCAGGUAACCUUUUAUUCCCCCCUUUCCUUCGUUUUUGGGCAGGUGGGAGUGUCCCAGGAGUGUCACACACAUCCUCUGGGGGUUGGGGGGCCUUUGGUCCCUCAGCCGGCCUGCUGCUCCCUCUUGAAUCCAUGUGGUUCUUGGUGGUUCUGUUGAAUGAGGCGGGAGCCGAAUCAUAGGCCUGGACUAACCGACACCGUCUGUCCCUCAGGGACCCCUGGACUGGCUAGAGCGCAACUGGCAAUCUAGGAAGCUGGGUUCUUCUGUAUUUGAAAGUCCUGCCGGCCAGUGAGCACGUUUCUGGUGAGAAGUUCUCUUGGUGCCUUUAAGGCCAUUUUCUCCUGAUGCAGCUGUGAUUUCUCCACACAUUCCGUCUGAGAAGGAAAUCUGCAGGACGAGUGGACAGAAGAAGAAAUGGUCAGCUCUCAGGGACGGCUGACCUUCCGGGACGUGGCUCUAGAAUUCUCUCAGGAAGAGUGGGGAUGCCUGAGCCACAGUCAGCGGGAACUGUACGCGGAUGUGAUACUAGAGACCUAUGGGCACCUCCUCUUCUUGGGUCUCCUUGUAUCAAAACCAGACCUGGUCAUCUUUUUGGAGCAUGAGAAGGAGCUGCGGGGUGUGAAGAGAAAGGAGAUGGUAGCCUCACACCCAGGUAGUAAACCUUACAAAUGUGAACAAUGUGGCAAGGCCUUUAGUCAGCACUCAGUCCUUACUGUACAUCACAGAAUUCAUACUGGAGAGAAGCCUUACAAAUGUCAAGAAUGUGGCAAGGGCUUUAUAAAACACUCAAACCUUACUCUCCAUCACAGAAUUCAUACUGGAGAGAAACCUUACAAAUGUCAAGAAUGUGGCAAGGCCUUUAUAAAACACUCAAGCCUUUCUGAGCAUCACAGAAUUCAUAGUGGAGAGAAACCUUACAAAUGCCAAGAAUGUGGCAAGGCCUUUAGCCGGUACUCAAGCCUUACUCUACAUCUCAGAAUUCAUACUGGAGAGAAACCUCACAAAUGUCAAGAAUGUGGCAAGGCGUUUAGCCACCACUCAAGCCUUAGCCUCCAUCUCAGAAUUCAUAGUGGAGAGAAACCUUACAAAUGCCAAGAAUGUGGCAAGGCCUUUAGCCGGUACUCAGGCCUUACUCUACAUCUCCGAAUUCAUACUGGAGAGAAACCUUACAAAUGUGAAGAAUGUGGCAAGGCCUUUCGCCACCACUCAAGCCUUAGUCUCCAUCUCAGAAUUCAUACUGGAGACAAACCUUAUAAAUGUUAACAAUGUGGCAAGGCCUUUAGCCAGCACUCCAUCCUUACUGUACAUCACAGAAUUCAUACUGGAGAGAAACCUUACAAAUGUGAACAAUGUGGCAAGGCCUUUAUCAAGCCAUCACACCUUAUUAAACAUCUCAGGAUUCAUACUAGAGAGAAACCUUACAAAUGUCAGGAAUGUGGCAAGGCCUUUAUCAACCCAUCACACCUUAGUCAACAUCUCAGAAUUCAUACUGGAGUGAAACCGUACAAAUGUCAGGAAUGUGGCAAGGCCUUUCGCCAUCGCCCACACCUUACUCAACAUCUCCGAAUGUAUACCGGAGAGAAAUCGUACCACUGUGAAGAGUGUGGCCAGGCCUUUCCCCACUCCAAACAUCACAGAAUUCAUAUAAGAGAGAGGCUUGAAAAAUGUAAAAGAAUGUCAGUGCCUGUAAAUGGCCUUCAGCCCCUACUGGACAUCAGAGAAUUCCUAGUGGAGAAUAACCAUCGAAAUGUAAACAACGUGGCAGGCUCUCCCUGCUCGUCCCAACGUACUCAACAUUGUAGUUAUCACAUAGGAGCAAAACUGAAAUGGAAAGAAAGUGGCCUCCCAUUUACGUAGAACUCAAUCUUUGCUCAGUGUCAUAGAAUGCUUCCUUGAUGCAAACCCUAGACAUGUAAUGAAUGAGGAAAGACCAUAAUUUUAAAUUACACUCUAGCAGACACCAAAGAGGGCAUAGAAGAAAGUAACUGGAAGGAUAGAUUUACAGAAGUAUUGAACAUCAAAUGUCACUAAUGUUACAGACAUCAAGUAGAAUGCAGCACCUCAGUCACUCUGUUGAGACAUUACACCAAAAUACUUGUAGGGAAUAACAGAAAGUUAGCACUUUAAACACAUUGGUGCUAUUCUGAGUUAGUGAAUGAGUUUUGCCUAGCCAUAAUUAAUUUUGAUAUGUGCUUUUUGGGAGCCAUUCUGUACUCACUAGUUGAGAAUACUCCUUGUGAGGUUAAGGCAGGUUUGCAAGGCCUCCUGCUGUCAGAUGAUGACUGAUAUCCACCCCCACUCAAUUGAUUUGGCUUGAGCACCAACCUCACAGAUACCUUGUUGAUUGGUAUCCAGAGUGAAUUGUCCCCUUAUUCUGGCCCCAAAAUGCUCAUUGCACCUUGUGAAGAAACUUACUGUAGGAACUCCUUUUGUGAUUAUGGGAGCAAACAUUGUGUUUUCUGAGAAUUCUGUUAUUCUUAUAGUUCCUCCUUAAGCAGACAGGCUGUUGACCCUUGCUCACGAAGAACUAACUUCCGCCUCUGCUAUGCCAAAAUCAUUGUCUUGAAUUUAAACGCCUAAGAUACCUUCCUUCCUCAUAUGAUAGGCAUCUAAAUCACCUACAUCAAUCACUGUUGAUAAAGGUAAUGCACGAGACUUCUGCAAAUCUAUGUUCUGGAAAUUUUUUUAAUAGCAAAGAAAUUUAUCAUCAGAAAUCAUUGUCUAAGGCAAAUGUCACUUCUGUGCUGUUCCCCAUACAAUUACCCAUAAAUAAAGCUUAGUCUCAGUCAGAGCAGGGAUGCCUGCCUGGUGACCAGAAAGAA